AUGGAGAGAGGACAGAGGAGCCGAACCACGAACCACGAACCACGACGAGACCACUUACCUUCACCUGUGGAAGAUCCAGGAGUUGCAGCGACGGGGAAGACCACCCUUGCGAAAGCACUCUGCGAGGAGCUGCAGCUGCCCUACAUCGAGGGGGACGAGCUACAUCCGCAAGCGAACAUCGACAAGAUGUCGAACGGCCAGCCUCUCACCGACGCGGAUCGCGAGCCAUGGCUCGCCCUCCUGCGCACGACCGCGGAGCACAUCGCCGCCGAAGAGAGCCACAAAGGCAAACCACAGCUGCACGAGACCAAGGGGGUCUACGUCCCGUCGUCCGCGAAGCAGGAGACCCCGCCCGACGCCCCGCGACGGCGCACGGGAGCGAUCAUGACGUGUUCUGCGCUCCGGAAUUAUUAUCGGGAGAUCCUGCGGGGGAACCUCAGGCCAAACCUCCCCGAGCCUAUGCACGAGCUCGAGCCGCCACCGCCGCCAGAGUGCAUGCCGACGUACUUCGUGUACAUGAAGGGCGAGCGGGAUAUGCUGCUGGAUCGCAUCACGAAGAGGAAGGGGCAUUACAUGAAGGCGAACAUGGUAGACAGCCAGCUGGCGACGCUGGAGAGCCCGGAAGAGGAAGAAGGCGUAAUCACAGUGUCCAUGGAGCAGAGCACGGAGGAGCAGAUGAAGAUUGUCAUGGGCGAGCUGAAUAGAUUGACUGGAGGCCUGUAG